UCAUUCCAUUUGUAAGACACACACACACACACACACACACACAAAUAUGUAUAUAAAUAUUAUAUGCAUAUAUCUCUCUCUUGUCCUUUUACAACCCCUAGCUAAGAACAGUUUUUGCCAUUAAAACAAAACAACCAUAGAAGAGAGAGAGAGAUCUAGAGAGAGAGAGAUGAAUAGACAAGAUAGUCUGCCUUUGUCGUCUUCUCACUGUGAAAAUACCGCAGAGAAACUGCAUGCCAAGGCCGUCGGUUGCAUGUCUGGCUUGUUCCACUUCGUCUCCGGUUCCCACAGCCGCAGAAAAUUCCUCACUUUUGGGAAAAGGCAGGAAAAGAGAGAGGUGUCUAGUCGUACAACGGAAAAGAAAAAGUCUUCCUCUAACAAAAUUAACGAGACUAAUAAUUCCCCUCCAUUAACGGUGAAAGGAGAAAGCAAAGCUAAAGAUCAAGCAAAGUGCAACACUAAUAACCUCCAAAGAUUCUCCUGCGAAGUGCCUAGGAGCCCAACGUUGCCGGCGAAGAUACGCCGCUCGAAUUCGGUGAACUCGCCGGAGAACUUCCGCGCCCCACCGGCUCUCAUGGCGCGGCUAAUGGGGCUGGAAGAGGCGCCCACGGCUACGUCGAAAGCGCUGCCACCGCGGUCGCCGUUAGUAGUGCCGUCGGAGUAUUCCACUGCCGAGAAGAGGCGGCGACUGCUCGGGGCAUUGGAGAAGUGCGAUCGAGACCUGAAGGCGCUGAAGAAGAUCAUUGACGCCGUCCGCUCGGCGGAGAGGCUUCCGUUGCUGCCGACAACGGUGUUCGGAAGCCCGGAGAGUAAUAGUACUGGUGGUGAUCAUCAAGCUAGGGUUGGGAAAAUGUUUCAUAAUUAUAUUAAUGCUGAGCAGCCGAGUCCGGUUUCUGUUCUUGAUGUGUUUAUGGCUCGUUCUCCUUUGAGUAGCUAUCAGUACUCAAAACGACACUCGUAUAAUUACGGAAGAGUGAUGCAAAAUCACCUGAGGCAGCAAAAGAAGAAGCCAGUAGAAGAGGACUUGAUUAUCACUACUCCAAGCAUCUUCGAUAGAUUAACUUGUGAAUCUCUUCAAAGAAAGCCUGCCCUCAGUGCUGAUCUGCAUUAUAGAAAGCAUGUUCGUUUCGAAUCGAAUAGCGCGGAUCUCAUGGCAGCAUUGUCACCGCCAUCAUCACCAUCACCACCGUGGAGUAGCAAAGCCUUGAAAGAGACUGUGGAACAAGUGUGUGAAGACAUUGCUUGGGGAGAGAAACGAGAAAUCGGAAGAAUAGGUUUGGCUUUGCAGGAUCAUAUUUGCAGAGAGUUGAUAGAAGAGAUUGUCACUGAUUUGGGUUCAGUCCAAUCUUAUAAUGAUAAUGUGAAUUAUUCACUUCCUUUUGAGGCUUGUAAGAGAAGACUUUGUUUCUAGUUGUGACGCUUGUGUAGUAAGCUCACUCGUGUUCUUCUUUUCUUUAAUUGUGUAAGAAUCAGUCCAAAAAUAUGUCAGUAACAAUCAUAUGCAGCAAAAUUUACAAAAUUUCUUAUAAACAAUUCAUU